AUGACUUUCGUACGGGCUCUGCGGCGCCAUCGGCCGCUACCGAAACCCAAUGUCUUCACCCGCACAUCGACAUCUCCUCGCCGGACUCUUAUUAGCGCUCCUCAGCCAAAUAGCGGCCCCCUACUUUCACGCAGAGCAGACCGGGAACUACCUUCACUCGGCUCCCAUGGGCGGUGGCUACGCACUAUACCAAUAUUUUUUGCAAUAAUUGGCAUUUCUAGUCUCGCGAUAUUCAAUUAUCAGAAGUCUUCGUCGAGCAUUGUCAGCAGUACGCUCUAUGCACUACGCCAUUCACCCAAGGCUCGAGAGCUUCUCGGCGAUGAGAUAUAUUUUGCACAGCAAAUACCAUGGAUAAGUGGAGAGAUGAACCAGCUUCAUGGUCGUAUUGACAUAUCGUUUUGGGUGAAAGGAACUCGCGGAAAGGGAAAGAUGCGGUUCAAGAGUACACGAGAGAGCAGAUUGGGCCGUUUCAAUACUGAAGUCUGGAGUCUUGAAAUGGAAGACGGUACGGCUGUGCCGUUACUCAACCAAACCGAGGAGGACCCCUUCCGAGGUGCAAUAUAA